CCCCACGCUUCAUCUGAAAAACUCUCCUCUCUCUUGCGAUUGGUAUUAUUUCACACAUGGAGGACUACACCUCAAAUAACAAGAAGCGGGUCCGAGACAACUCGGACGACUCGGCCGAGGUGAAGCGGCUCAGGGAAGACCUUCUGGGUUUUCUCGACGACUCGGACGCCGAUCCCACGAUUCAGGACCUCGACUCCGUCAUGAAGAGCUUCGAGGAAGAGAUAGCUGCCGCAACAAAUUCUUGUCAGUCGUCGCCGCGUCCGGCAUCGGAUACGGAGCAAGCAUCGGAGACCGAUCCAGGCUCCGGUGCCGGUGGUUGACCUGACGUCAGAGUCCGGCGAGUCAAAUCCCGACCUUGGAUACCUGCUAGAAGCUUCGGACGACGAGCUGGGCUUGCCUCCGUCGGAGAACUUCAGCGACGAGGCGGCGAAGGGCGGAGAAAACGAGUUGGUGCGAGUUUCGUCCGACUUGUCCGGUGCCGACGAUCUUUGGCGGUUCGACGAUCCCGUUCCGAGUUACGACUCGUUGUUUUUAGGAAGUCAAGAUAAAAUAAACUUUCACGAUAGCGGAUCUGAAUACGAUGCGUUUGACGGGCUGUUCGGAAACAACGACGUGUAUUUUGACUCGGCUGAUUACGGCGAGUUUUCGUGGCGUUUCGAAACACUGCCGGCGCAGUAGCUCGAAACGAAACGGUGCCGCUUGGUCGGAAUAUAACGCCGGACCGAUCUGUAAAUUUUUUUUUGUUGGUUUUAAAUUUUUUUAAAAGGGAAUCGUGAAAAGAAAUAUGUAGGACAGUUACAGUGGGAGUUUAGGCUGAUAUGGAAGAUGACAGAGUCACAAAGAAAUUCGUUGGCGCCAAAAGAAAAAAAUGAAAAUGGAAAUGGUUGGGAAUAUGUUCUUGUUAAAGGAUUAAGCAAAAUUAAUUUGGUUAAUUUUAAUUAAAUCAAGAUUAUUGGGAAUAUAUGUGAAAUUACCAUUAUCUCA